UUACAUUCUGUUGCACUGGUCGUUGACAUGAAACGAUAGCGAAGACCAGUUCCCUGCAAACUCCCACAACAAUGUCGGGCCGCAGUAGAGGCCGACAAAAUCCCAACCAGGAUGCGGAUGAGGAGAGGAGACUAUGGAAGGAGAUUGACGACAAAGCAAAAGGUGUCGAUGCAUUGGUGUCCCGAUCCAACGAAAUCGGCGAGGAAAUCGUUCAAGUCGAACUCCAACAAGCCGAACACCUCAACAACAACAAGCUCAGCGACGCCAGUCUCGACGAACGACUCGAAAAGCUCUACCGAGAAAAUGUCAAGCUCUCGGAAGAAGUCAACCACAUCAUCGAAGGCAAAUCCAAUGAGAUGAAUCUCCUUGAUAGCAUCAAUAUCCUCGCUGGUCUACGAGAAGCCUCAGAGGAGUCCGCCGCGCAACACCUGAGCGCAUCGCAUUCCACCACCAGUCGAAAUGGUAAACUCUCCCGCGGCGGCCCUAACAAAAAGGGCGCCGCAUCAAAUCUCAAGUCCUCCGCUGUCUCCACCCCUGCGGCCAUCGCAGCAUCCACCGAACCCGAACGCACCUCUCCUUCCGCCGCUCCAUCUCCACGCAUCAUCAUCGGCGGUCCCGGCCGACUCUCAGCAUCAAAAGAGAAACCCUCCCGUUCCGGCAGCAUAGCAACCACCACCCGAGAAGCAUCGGUCAAAAUCGAAGACGGCGCCGAGUCUGUCGCCUCCUCCACCGACACACCCGCCUCCUCCAAAAAUCUCUCCAUCUCCAGCUCCGCCGCAGCCGCCAACAACGCCCGCGGCGCCCACCGCCUCGUCCUCAAACUCGGCGAAAUAGUCUUCUGCCGACACCUCGACGCCAAAGAUCCCACGCUCGAAGGCGAGGGUAUCCUCUGCCGAGUCACCAACGUCAUCGGCGAGGGCAAGCAACGGCGGUAUGAAGUCCAAGACGCCGAUACAUCCGGCGAAGCACCGCCUCCCCAACGCGCUAGUGUCGCUCAGCUUAUUGUCAUCCCGCAUACGAAUGUGGGACUAGGGGAUUUGCCGAAAGGGAGGAGUGUGAUUGCGCAGUACCCGGAUACGACGACGUUUUAUAAGGCGGAGGUUAACGAGGGGUGGAGGGCGAGGGAGUGUGAGAGUAAGGGCGAGUUUUCGGUGAAAUUGAAUUUUCAGGAAGAUGAGGAGGCGAGGGAGGUGGAGAGGAGGUUUGUGCUUAGCGAUCGCAACCAUGGUCUCUUCCGAGACCCGAACGACGGAGUGGACACAGCCAAGAUCGACCGCGACGAUAGCGAGAACGAAGUAGAUGCGGACAAGCAAGGCGGAUCCAGAAAAGGUGCCGCUCUGCCUGCAAACCCCCGCGAGCUCGAUACAAAGGCCUCGGGAAAUGCCAGCGCAAAGUCCAAAGGAAAAGAAAGAGCAUCGCUCGGUAGCGUGGAAAAUAUGUCCCACCCACUCGAGGAACAAGAAUCAGAACUGAAUGCCGACUCCGAAUCGACCACCACAGCCAUCCAGGAAGACAACGACAACCAAACUUUCUCGUCCAACGCUGUGACCGACUCUCCAUCCCCGCGAUCUUCUUCACCAGAAUCAGCCAUCCUGUCGAAACUCCGUUUGGCAAUGUGGAAUCGCCAUCUGGUAUCUCCUAAGUCCAGAUCCACGCCCUCCAACAUUGACAACUUCGUCUUUCCCAAUCCAGAGGACAAGGAAGAAUUCUUUGCUCUUCUUGAUGAAACCUAUGGGACCUGGAGCUUAGCGGACAAGAGGAGGAAGUUGAUGGAUAUCUGGGCCGAGGACGAAGAGCGACGGAACGAGGAGGAAAAAGAGAGGUCGAGACAAAGUGGAACGUUGGCCGGACUCGGAUCUUGGAUCUCGGGUCUUACGAUUGGCGGAUGGACUCUGGGUGCCAGGAAGCGUGAAGAAAGCAGCGCUCGUGAAAAAGAUGCUGAUCCUCUCAUUGAACUGGGGCCGAUGAACAGUGGAGCCCUGAACUCCUCAGAACGGCGACCACCACGAAGAAAGUCCGUGCAAUAUCACCCCGAGCAUGAGAUUCGUGAACUCGACCCGGAGUCUGCGACGCUCCCUAAUGAAGGGAGUGUACGGGGUGAAGUUGGCACACAAGUCAUCUCUGACGAAGCACGGGUCAAGGUUGCAGAAGGUAAGGAAAGGAGGAGAGUGAGGAGCCGCAGACGAUCAGAGCAGUGGAGGCUUGAGAGAGAGAUUGAGGAGGAGUGGGAGCGGGAGGUGGAGGCGAACACGAAGUUUAGAAAGAGUUAUAGGAAUGUUCGAAUCCCUCGGAGACGGUCGGGAACGAGGAGAGAAUACCGCGACGGGGAGGACGAAGAGAUUGAUUCCGGCAGAGCGCAAGAAACGGAGCAUGUCGAGAAUACUGGCGUAUCACGAGCUCCUGGCGACGUUGUCCACGAAGCAUCUGGGUUGGAAUACGGCACAUACGCGGUAAACGAAAUCACCUUCCACACUAGUGUGCCAGAGACACUGCAUCCCAGGACGACACUGGCGGAGCUUCUGGACUCCAUGCCUGAGACGGGAGCGACGCCGAUUAGGGCUCCGCCGAUUGUCGAAGAUGCGACGAACAAUGGGACGAUCGUGCGCCGGAGCUUGGGUAUCCGAGGAUUCUUGGCGCAAUUCCUGGAUGAAAUAGGGAACGAGAUCAUGCCUGGUCUUGAGGACUCGGAUUCUUCAGGGAGUGAGAGCGAGUCUGGCGCUGAGAGUAUGCUUGAGACGGAAGACGAACCAGAGAAUACCAGGACAACAGCUUCUACGGACGACUUGGAGCACAAUGGUAUUACAGACGAAGAGGUCAUCGAUGCCAUGCUGCGAGGCUAUACCCAGGAUCAUCGAGAGUCGACCUAUGAUGGAGGGCCUAUACAGAAGCUCGACUCUGCUAUCGAUCUUCUUGAGAAGGAAAAGGCUGGCCCGGCGCCAAAGCCGAUGAAAGCUACGCUACCUACGAUUUCGACUGUUCCAAACAUCCUGGCAAACUCAAUGAUGGGAGUGACACAGGAUGUCUCACCCGAAACCCCGUCUACGCGAAGACGCCGAAAGAAGUGCGCAGGCAGGGGAGACAUCGAUCAUUCGUAUUCGCCACCCGCAGAGGGUUCAAGAUGUUCGCCGCCGGAACAAAAGCGGAAUGUGCCCGAGGAAGAGUUGGAUGGAGGACUGGCGGCAACAUUGAUGUGUUUGGCUGCGAGAGUGGCGGAAGAACCCGAUCCUUUGCGCUUUUUGGUUGGAUAUAAGCCACUUUCAGCAAUACGAAACGAACGACAACAUGCUGUCGGUUCCGAGUCCGAUGCUGCGAGUGCGAGACCUCCCAGCAUCGCGACUCCCAGCAAGACAUCUUCUCCACCCACCCUGGCGCGAUUCCCAAUCCCUACUUGCUUUGAGACUUCGCAUACAGACCCAUAUAAUCAGGACUUCGACAAUGCUCUCGAAGAGUCCUACAAUUCUCUCGGACUGCUCUCAAUGUUUAGCAACGACCGCCAAACUCCCAUCUCGGAACAAGUCCGAACCGCGUUGCGCAGCGUGGACGAAGCAACAAGAGAGAAAUACGCUCAGCAUAUCUGGUCGAUGGGCCUACGAAGUCUAUGGGCGAAGUUGCGGCAAGAUCCUGCAAGCCCGAGAGUGGAUGCGCCAGAGUCUGGAGACAUUGUCAUCACGAUCACGGAGGUUGGUGACGACGAAGAUCACGACGAGACGUAUGAGCCAUAUCCUACCUUCUCUGUGAAGGGCUUGGGAAUUCUGCCUGACCCCAGUGACGAUGGCGAGGAGGAUGGUGAGGAUGAACUUGAGUUGUUAAUGGAGGCGGAGAGGAUUGCGGAAAGGGCGAGGAGGAGGAGCGAUGAUGGCAAUGGAGGGAUGGAGGGCGAUGUGGAAAGCGAGGAAGAGAGGCGGAGGAGGUUGCAGAGAUCUCCGCGACUUGUACCCAAGGUUCGCAUUGGUGGUGUCACUUCGAUUUCGGACCCGGCUCCGCAAUUGCUCGAUUCACCCAGGCGGGGCGAGAAUGCAGAUGGUGCAGGAAUGGAUGAAGAUGUUGAGAAUGAAGAGGAGAGAAUGAGAAGGCUGCAGGGGUCCCCACGAGUUAUGAGAAUGAAUAGGCGACCGCAGGUGCCGGAUGGAGCGCAAGGCAUCAGGCUUGUACAGCGGAUGAUUGCUGCUGAGAAGGAGGCGGGAAUGAAAAGGUUGAUGGACUCGAUUAGUUUGAGUAAGGAUGCUGGAGAAGACGAGGAGGAAGAGGAUCUGUAUACCUCGUCGCCGUGGAAGACAUCUAUGGCUGGCUCGGUCGAUGGUUCGAUGGAAGAAGAGCUGUAUACCUCGUCGCCUCGAGAGAAAGCCACUGCCAAUGCGAGGCUUGAGGUUGAUGAGCUGCAGCUGUUUCCGACUGAUCCUUCGGGGGUAAAUCCAACAGCAAUGGAGAAGGACAUGCGUCAAGAUUCUGGAGCCGAAAGUUCAGCUUCGAGUCUCAUAGACGAGGCAGACAGUGGCUACGAGACGACGAACGCUGGCCAAAGGCCAUCAACAGCUCCCUCUGCCCCGAUUGCAGUUCCAGCUACGAGUCGCUCAGCCUUCGAUCAGACUCCACCCGACGUGGUCCCGCUGUCUCUUACGAAACAGACUUCGGCCACUUCGACCUCCAUCCCAUCUGCACCGAUCCCCAUUCCUGUGGGAUCAAAGCCAAUCCGACCCUCAAUCAUUAUCCCAUCAAAACCACCUAUCGAGCCGGCUCCACUGUCCGCAACUCCGAAGUCGCCGGCGAGCAUGAGCUAUCCAAAGAUCGAGUCGUCGUUUGCAGGACGCAAUCGAAGUGGUAGUAAAGGUGGAAGUGGGCUCGAGCAGAUGAAGAAGUCGCUCCGCAUGACUCCAAUUGCGGCCAAGGGAGAGAGUGUUGAUCAGGCGAUCUCGAGGGUCUCGGGGUUGAAGAGACCGGAACGACCGAAGGUUGAUGAGUUAGAUUUUGAGAGUAAGAGGCCGAAGGAGAAGAAAGAGGUUGGCCCGGUAGUGGUAGCAACCGAACAGCUGGAGAAUGUGUCGCCAACGGACACUGCAGUCGGGUCGAAAUCAGCCCCUAUUCCUACGAGAACCGCAUCGUCUUCGAGUCAGAUUCCACGACCUGCGACGAGACAUCGAAGAAGCGAUGCAAUCAGUUUGAGCGAGGAGGAGCAGCCACAGUCAAACGGAGCAGACAUGGACAGCACGAGCGAAGUGUCCUCACGAGGCAAAGAACGCGCGGCGACCGAGCAAAGCGCAACUUCCACCCCCACCGAGCGAGAUGAGCGCCACGACUCCGGCGACUUUGCAAGUGACCUGACCGCUAGACUCGCCAGCAUUCGCACCAAAGGAAUCAAGAAAAAACCAGGAGGACCUCUGCCAGCUGGAUUAACAACUACAAGGACCGACACCGUGGUUAAUAACGACACUGUGCCUCGAAGUCUGCCUUCUGGAUGGAUCAGGGGUCUCGUCCAAGAUGUUGCACAGGAAGAGCAAAUACCACCUCGUUCGCCGCGACCGGCGCGGUCGGCUUUAUUUGGUCCAAGCUCGCCCACCACAGCGGAUAUGGAAGCCCUCGGAGCAUUCGUUGCAUCUAGAGGAAACGUCACGUAUAGCUCUAGGCCACCUAUACCGCUCGCAGGUCCACGAGAACAACCGCCUUCUAAGAGAAAACGAGUCUCUUUCUCAACGGGCAAAGAUGCGAAAGUGCCGCCUGUUCCUCCGGCCGCACACAUUGUGCCAUCGACACCCAAGCUCUCAUCUACAGGUUUCGGCGCUGAGUUUCCAAAGCUGGCUAAACCACCAAGCAAUGUCCUCCCUCUCAGCCCUGCUGUUGCUAGCGAGAAACAGGCUGAUGACAGCGCCGUCCCUGUGGAAAUGAAGAGGACAAGAAGCAAGAGUCGCGGCCGUAAAGAGGAGCGCAAAGAGGAAGAAGUCAUGGCCGAUCACCCUGUUAUUCUUUACUACGCCAACACUCACCGAUAUGUGUUUCCAUCUCUCGACGCAUUCUUGGGCGAGCUGGCUCCCGUCGUAUUCCCUCAGCCGACGACUGAUGUCGCGGAGAUCGAGCAGCGUUUGCAGGAGUUUGUGGUUCGCUCGCGAGAGAGCUUGUCGGCACUUGGGGGGCUGCGUCUGACGCCGGCACAGGAGGAGGAGAGGAAGGCUCGUUUGCAGCGGCGGUUGGAAGGGUUGACGGAAGUACAAGCUGUAACAGAGGGGAUUCUUGGUGUUGCUCCUGGUGGAAGCAGCGUGCUUCUUACAAAGAAGGGUCAGCAGCAGGGUGGUGAGCUCGUGGCUCAGAUGGACGAGGAGAAGCAGCAGCGUGAACAGCAGAGCAAAGAGCGCUUCCGGGACGAGAUCAAGAAAGCGAUCAUCGAGGAGCAAGGCGACAGAUCAGCAGAAAGGGAUGAGGAAGUGAAGGAAGAAUAUCACGACUCCGAAGCACAUCUCAUCCCGCCCAGCGCAUAUCGAGACCGAAGCCCCACCAAGAUUCCUCAGCCACAGCUGGAGCGCCUCACUUCACGAGCUCCUGCAUCAACAACAUUGGAAGGCUUCAUCCCGACUUCUUCCUUCUACCGCCCUUCUUCUUCUAUUUACAACCUCAUCCUAGGAAUCAAAGACGACAGCAACGAUCACAAACCCAUCGCGCCCGAGAGUAACGAGACUCCCUCCACGGACAGUGCAAGCUGGGUCGAAGACACUGCUAGUACCGCUUCCAACGACACUGCAGCUGGUCCAUCUAGCAUCGCCGACGAAGACGCCAAAUCCGACGAUAGCAACAUUGCAAAUCCUGCGACCUCUCCUGGGAUGAAUGGAUCAAUCAUGCCUUCAGCCGGUCACUACAGCGAUAUGCAGACGUUGAUGCAGAAUAUGGAGAGCUUGAGUGGAUGGCUUGAGCAGAAUCGGCAGGAGUGGUCACAAGUGCAGGAGGGCAUUGCAAGAGUGGAGAGAUUACAGGGAAGACUUACUUCGAACGGAUCAUUGCCUCAAAUCAACGGUGACGCACAAGCACCACUCGAAGAAGACAACACCACUCCGACAAUAACCCAGCUCCAAACCGCACUCUCUCAAACCACAGCCCGCCUGUCCUCCCUCGAACGAGUAUACAACGAUCAACUCCGCCUACAAACCCUCUACGAAGAGACCUUAACCGACACAACCGAGCGUAUACGACAAUACUGCUUCGAGCAGCAAACGCAUAUCAUCGCUUUACAUCAACACUAUACGACCCUGCUCUCACAAGCUCGAAGCGAGUUGGUGGAAGCUCAGGUGACGCAUCAAGAGUGGCAGGCGGGAUUGCAGAGGGUGAGCGAGGGUGUGAGAACAGCAAUGAAAGAGCGGGAGGAUGAAGUGGAGCCUUGGAGGAGGAAGGUGGCGGCGUUGAGGGAGGAGAACCGGGUGUUGAGACAGAAGGUCGGGUGGCAGCCGGUGACUGAGGCGGAGGAUGAAGAGGAUGGGUAUGUUGCGGAGGAGAGAAGACCGAGGGUGGAAUAA